UCCCAUCUGCUACAGCUCGGAGCAAACUUCUGCUUCUGCAGACACUGGGUGCACUUCUCUUUUGCACCUCCGAGAGACGGCGCAAUCACCGGGGAGCGGGACCAUCCCAGAAAGUCAUCCCAAGGGCAGGGUGGGAGCCAGCAGGGCUCAGGGCUUGCCCAGCACUUCCCCACAUGGCCCAGAGCGUGGUAUAUGCUGACCUGAGGUUUGCCAAGGUGAUGGGGGGCCGGAGCAUGGCCAGCCAGGCGCUGGAGGCAGCCCUUGGCAUGGACGAGGCUGAGAGCCCCUACGAGAACAUGCAGCCAGCACCGGUGGGGCAGGAUGGGGACGGGGCCCAGCCCAGUCCAGAGCGCUGGUCCUGGCGGUGGUGCAUCCGUGUGGGGCUGCUGGCAACCUGCCUGCUGCUGCUGGUGGCCACUGUGGCCUUUGGGGCUUGCUACUGGCAGGUCACCCGCAGGCUGCAGGACGCUUCCCGUGAGCUCGUGGCCGAGCAGGACCGCCUCGAGUGGGAGGUGAGCGUGCGGGAGGAGAGCCUGGAGCAGAUGCGGCUGGAGCUGUCGCGGGCCAGAGCGGAGCUGCAGCGAGCGUGGCGGGAGGGCAACAGCAGCCGGUUGGAGCUGGGGAGCCUGAACGCCGAGCUGGGGCGCGUGAUGGGGGUCCUGGGGCAGACGGAGAAGGAGAUGAAGGAGGUGCAGGGGAAGCUCAACAACAGCGAGAACACUGUGGCCAUCCUGCGCUCCUGCACGGCUGUAGAUUGCUGCCCUUCAGGCUGGCUGCUGUACAGGGGCAAGUGCCUCUUCAUCUCAUCGGAGAAAAAGACCUGGGAGGACAGCAGAGAUGAGUGCGAGAGGAAAUAUUCUCAGCUCCUGGUCACCAAAUCCUGGAGUCGCUGGACCGUGCCGACCUUUCUGAAGAACGCGGACAUCCCGUACUGGAUUGGGCUGCAGAAGGGCAGUUUCCCCUGGUAUGACUAUGGCUGGCUGGAGGAAGGGGACCCGGAUGGCGAAGGGGUCUCAGAUGCCUGGUUCUGGGUGGACGGCUCCCUUUAUGAAAGGCCAUGGCAGUCAAAGUCGAACGGCUCCUGUGCCAUAAUAAGCCGCGGAAACAUCAAACCCACCCAGUGUGCCGGUCCUGACGACCUGCACUUCUGGAUCUGCGAGAAGGCGGCGGGGCCGAGCUCCCCUUUCAUGGGAUGAUGCCCCAGCACCGCUGUGCACCUGCGCUCCUCACCGCCUCCGCUUCAGCCCUGCUGCACCCCUGCCCAGGAUGUCGCAUCCAUGCAAGCAACCCCCCUUCCCUCUCACUGACCCUUGUCCAUGCGCUGCCCGGGUCCUUCCCAGCAAUGCCCAGCGAUGCUCCAGCAUCACGCAGGCUGGGGGAGGUGGUGGCUGUGGCCGUUUCCCCCCAGCUGAUGUGCUUCAGCAGAGCGGUACGGGCCCUACGGCUCAGACCCACACCUGCAUGGGGUAUGCUGGGUCUUCCUGAGCACAGGGACUGGUGUGUGAUGGGGAGCGCGGACCCGGCCACACAGCAGAGCAAGCCCCGAUGUUCAGCGCUGCAGCCAUGCAACAUCCCCAGUGCAGAGCGCUGGCAUGAAAGGAUAAGGGAGUAGGGGACAGCACAGCCCCACAGCCGGCCAGGCCUCCUCCCCACGGCAGAGACUUUCUCCCUGGCCCCAUCACGAGAGCAGCUUGUCCACAGCUUUUGGGCAAAGACAGCAACCAACAGCCUCAGUGCCAGGGAGCGAAGCUGCCCGUGAACUGUCUGGUGCUUGUGCUGGAGGCUGGGUUUUUUUUUUUGCUAAUUAGAAAGUAGAGCAAUGACCUUCAGGAUUGUACAGUGUGAUGGUGCCUUUCAAAAGCAAAAGUAACUCUGGCACUUUGCAGCGGCUGACGCUUUGCGAGACAGGUAGUCAAGACUUUAAAUAGUUACUACACACGUGCACGUGUGAAGAUUAACCAAAAUAGCCCUGAUGUAACAUUGCAGCCAAGCAAGAGCAGAGGAAGUCAUGUUCAACCAGGCGGAAACCCUCUCAGUUUAUUAUGGGGUUGCGUGUGCCAUGUAUAGUUGAUUAACUGCUAUGUGAAUUAGCUUGCUUGAAGAGCAAAAGGGUGUUAAAGGCAGGCUUUUUGGAGGUGGCACAUGUCACUCGUCUCUUGCCCGCCAGCUGAACCCACUUUGUAGCAAUAAAGAGUCACAGUUCGUC